AUGGGAGGAGUCUGGGUGACCAUCAAUGCCAUCUCUGUGGAAACCCCACAGGAAAUUCUUCGGGCUGCCAGGGGCAAGAGUGCCACCCUUCCGUGCACCUACCACACUUCUGUCCCUGACAGAGAUGGAUUWAUUCAGUGGGACAAGCUUCUCAGGACUCAUUCGGAAAGAGUGGUCAUCUGGACAUUUAAGACCCAAAGCUACAUCUACGGCGAGCUUUAUGAGAAUCGUGUCAACAUAUCCAGCCAUGUUGGGCAGUCGGACGCCUCCAUCACCAUCGACCAGCUGACCAUGGAUGACAACGGCACCUACGAGUGCUCCGUCUCGCUGCUGUCAGACAUGGUGGGCACCUCCAAGUCACGYGUCCGCCUGCUGGUCCUGGUGCCACCCUCCAAGCCAGACUGCGGCAUUGAGGGAGAGACAGUGAUUGGGAACAACAUCCAGCUGACCUGCCAGUCAGCAGAGGGCUCCCCGGCCCCGCAGUACAGCUGGAAGAGCUACAACACCCAGAACCAGGAGCGGCCACUGGUCCCGCCAGUCUCAGGCCAGACCGUCUUUCUGAAGAACAUCUCCACAGACAUGUCGGGCUACUACAUCUGCACCUCCAGCAACGACGUGGGGACGACCUUCUGCAACAUCACCGUGGCUGUCAGACCCCCCUCCAUGAACGUGGCCCUGUAUGCGGGCAUUGCUGGGGGCGUGGUGGCAGCCCUCAUCAUCAUCGGCAUCAUCAUUUACUGCUGCUGCUUCCGGGAAAAGACUGACAAGGAGGUGGACAAGGAGGACACGAGGCCGUGA